GUCUGUCUGUUUGGGAGGGGUGACCCCCGUGUGAUUUUACUACCUUCUUACCUAGAAGCACGUCGGAUCAUUUGCUGGUAAUUCUAGUAUUUCUUUCGUCUUUGCUGUUUGUUCCAAAAAGUCUUCGUAGAGAACGGACAUUUUAGAGACUUUUAAAUCGAAAUAUCAGAUGAAAUGGCACCAGCACCUAUUGCACAGGCUGUCACAGUGUCGUUGGAGGAGCUUCAAAAUGGUUCCGUCUCGUUAGAGACCUUGCAGCAAGCCUUUGGCCCAGACUCGCUAGGCAUACUGGUAGUCAAGGAUGUACCAGAGGAGUUUCACAACCUCAGACGCCAGGCUCUCUCCUUUUCGUCGUAUCUAGGCAACCUGCCUGACAAAGAGCUAGAGAACCUUGAGAAUGCCAAGGCAAAAUACCUGACCGGCUGGUCACUGGGCAAGGAGACGCUCAAGAACGGCCAGCCCGACGCGCUCAAGGGCUCCUUCUACGCCAACUGUGCCUUUUACGUGGACCGGACCCUGGACUGCGCCGCCCCGACGACCGAGUACAACGCCGACAACUUCCCAGAGUACCUGUCGCCCAACGUAUGGCCGCCCCAAGAUGUGCUCCCGGGCUUCAAGCCGGCCAUCGAGGGCCUGUGCCAGACUAUCAUCGACGUCGCCGUGCUGGUGGCCCGGGCUUGCGAUCGCUUCGCCCAGCAAGAGAUCGCUGGCUACCCGGCCGGCGGCUACCUGGAGAACAUGGUCAGAACCUCGACCACCACCAAGGCCAGGCUGCUGCACUACUAUCCCGCUGAGGGAGAGGUCGGUGCGGCGGCCGGUGCCGACGAGGGUGAGGACGACGACUGGUGCGCUACCCACCUGGAUCAUGGGUGCCUGACCGGCUUGACAUCGGCCAUGUUUGUGGACGAGGAGGCGGUGGGGCUCAAGCCCGGCAGCAUCCCGACGGAGUCGCCGCUGAAGGCGCUAGACGAGCUCCCUACCUCUCCGGAUCCUUGCGCUGGCCUGUACAUCCGGUCGCGGACGGGCGAUACGGUGCAGGUCAAGAUCCCGAGGGACUGUAUUGCUUUUCAGACGGGCGAGGCGCUCGAGAGGAUCACCGAGGGCAAGUUCAAGGCCGUCCCACACUUUGUCAGGGGCGCGAGGACGGACGACAUGAAGAGGGUUGGGCGCAACACACUGGCGGUAUUCACGCAGCCAAACCUCGGCGACCUGGUUGAUAUCAAGCAUGGAAUCACGUUUGGUGAGUUUGCGAGGGGCGUCGUUGCAAAGAACACGGUGGGUUGAUGAAGGAGAAAGUCGCUGUGAUGUAGAUAGCACCGUUAAACACAAGCUUUGCAGCUUUGGGUUUACACUUGCAUAGUGUUGCCACUCGCAUGCCUCUUCUCGUAGUUGUUUGUCUCAUGCCAUGUGAAACUGCUAUGAGAUGGCUACAGUGGAAAUUGCUUAUUUUUGUUGAGCAGUUUGGCAACUGUACUCAUACGGUAAAUGCUCCAUCAGAUACAAACUUGACCUAUCUUUU